CCCUCUCCCUCUCCCCACUCCCACCAUUAUGGAAUUAUCCCAUUCUGAAAUGUCCUGUUGUGCCUAUUAAUACCAGACUUCCCCCAAACAAUGCUCCACUCCACCCUCCUAAAAUAAUCAGGGGACUCCAAGAGGGCUGUGUGAAAGGCUGGGAGUUCAGCAGCAGCCACCAGUGAGCACCACAAACACUGCAAUAUUCAUACAGCACAUUCAUAUCUGUAACAGCAGCAGCAAGCCCCAUGCCAAGGGCUCAGCUGGGAUGAAGAAAGCUCUUCAGUGCAGGGGUGUCCUCUCCCUGCUCCGUUGUGUGCCUGAGCUGAUAAGGCACUAUCAGAGCCAGAAGGACGCUAUAUAGAGGGGCACCCUCCUGCACCUCUGCAGCCGUGUUCUCUUUUUGGAUCAGCUUCUCGGUUUUGCCGCUGCUGCUUCAUUUUGGUUUGCUGCCAUCAGAAGGAGUUCCCUGAGAUCUUCCCUAAAAGGAGCCAACUCUCCACCCAUAGGACUGCGCUGUGAAGAGCACUUUGCACUGAAAACAGGUCCAGAUAGAAAUCAAUGGCAGAGUCAGUGCAGACAUCACUGAGGACAAAACUGCUGAUUGAAAUGCCUGAAUUCCAAAGGUCCUCCAUAGGAAAUGAGCUCAGUGUAUCAGCUGCUAACUCUCAAGCAUCUGGCUUGUAAGCAGGGCUUCCUGCUUUGUUUUCUGAAGUUAAAUCGCUGCCAUCAAGGGAAGAGACUUCCUUAUCUGCUACCCUCCCUUCAGCCUUCUCAGCUGGUCCAGUCUUGUACUCACUGCUUUUUCAAUGGUGUAACCACAUAAAGAGGAGCGCUUACCAUCAGACCAUCUAACUCAUCACUGACAGGUUUUUCUUUCAUACUUCAAAACUGUGGUGAAAAAUGAAAGGCCCAGCUGAUCCCUCGAGUCUACUCUUCAAUUGCUCCAAUCAGUCAAACUUCCCUUUGGAAACUUCAGAGCAAUGUGGCAAAGAGACCCCCCUCGAGAACAUACUUUUUGCCACCUUCUACUUCCUGGACUUCAUCCUGGCUUUUAUUGGCAACUCCCUGGCUCUUUGGCUCUUCAUUCGGGACCAGAAGUCCAGCACACCCGCCAACAUCUUCCUGAUGCACCUUGCUGUUGCUGACCUCUCCUUCGUGCUGGUGCUCCCCAUCCGGCUGGUGUAUCAUUUCUCAGGUAACCACUGGCCGUUUGGUGAGAUCCCAUGCAGACUCACUGGGUUCCUCUUCUACCUCAACAUGUACGCCAGCAUCUACUUCCUCAUGUGCAUCAGCGUUGACCGCUUCCUGGCCAUUGUGCACCCCGUGAAGUCCAUCAAGCUCCGCAGGCCCCUUUAUGCCCAUCUGGCAUGUGCCUUUCUAUGGCUCAUAGUAGGGGUUGCGAUGGCCCCCCUGCUGCUCAGCGUGCAGACUGUGGAAAUGAACAACACAACCAUCUGCCUGCAGCUCUAUAGAGAAAAGGCAUCGCGUCACGCCCUUGUGUCCUUAGCGGUUGCGUUCACCUUCCCAUUUGUUACUACGGUGACUUGCUAUUUACUGAUCAUCAGAAGCCUGAAGAGUGGGAACAGAGUUGAGAAACACUUGAAGGAAAAAGCUAUCAAGAUGAUCAUCAUGGUCCUGCUGAUCUUUCUGGUUUGUUUUGUACCUUAUCACGUCAAUCGCUACAUUUAUAUCCUCCAUUACAAUGGGACCAAGGCUUCCUGCGAGACGCAGCGCCUGCUAGCACUCAAUAACCGCAUCACUUCCUGCCUCACCAGUCUGAAUGGGGCCUUCGACCCGGUCAUGUAUUUCUUUGUAGCUGAGAAAUUCCGUGACGCUUUGUGCAACCUGUUUUGUGGUAAGAGGACGGUGAUGAUACCGCAGACGUGUGAGGGGAAGACGAACGAAAGCUCACUCAGUGCCAAAUCUGAACUGUGAACGUGACUCCUGCCACUGCUUCACCAUGAAAAGGCUGAUCCACCACCAUCAGAGCAGUGCAGAUAUGCAGAAAGGCAGCAUUACCAGAGCCAGGCUCACUCCUGCAGAGGAAGCUGAGCACUUCAGGACAACUAAGGGAACACGGGCUGUGAAACGGACAGCUUCUUUUUGCAAAACAGCUUGAUCCCCAAAGCAUUCAGUAAUGGCUUUUCCUAUACACAAUGCAUAAACCUACUUUAAAACAUCACAUUGCACCAACUCCAGAGAUCCAUUCCUUGUGUAGACUGUACGUUCUGUUCAAGUUGCGUGCUCAGUGUUUAUACACCACAGGCAGAAAAAUGGCACUAAGCCAUAGCAAAAAAAAAAAAAAAGAAUAAAUAAAAAGCAAAAUGCUGCAACACAUCCAACAUGGAAUGCAAUUAAGGGAGUACUGACCAUUCUUUAACUGCUUCCAAGUGCUGAGAGCAGGAGAUGGGCUCAAAGCUUCAAAGGCCAGACAAUGUUUACUACACUGCCUCUGUUAGGUAGUUCCCUGCCAAACAUCAGACAUCCUGAUAGUACUCCCACUAAAGAAUAGAAAAGGUCUGCUUAGGAAUACAGCAUUCAUCUUUACUACAUACUGGAUCAAAAAGCUAUGAACCUCUGUCUUAAAAAUCAGUAAAGGUGGACAAAAGCAAGCAGAAAUCACAGCAACAUUUAGGAUGGAAAAGACUUUCAAGAUCAAGUCCAACCACCCACCUGACCUACCAAACACCAUCACUCCAACCAAGUCCUUUAGUGCCAUAUCCACACAUCUCUUAAUCACCACCAGGGUAUUUAUUUUACUGAUGUUCCCUUUGCCCAGAGAAAUUCUCAUCUUCAAGGUGUUUUACAGCUAUUUCAUUUUGGCAGAUUACCCAGCCAGGCUAUUGAUUUGCUACAGAUAAAGCAGGGAUUGCCUUAACUAUCCUCACUGACACAAAUGAUAUCCAGUGGAAUAUAUCUGGGAAUGAGAGGCAGACCAGGCAAAAUCAGGUACAGUGAGAAAACAGAAAAUGAACACAACAGUUUCCAACAGCAUUUGCUAGCAGAAAGCUUCUAUGCAAAAGAGGUAAAUGUUAUAGGAAACCACAUGGCAGGUGAAAUAAAUUUGGGAUGUACAGAUACAUAGGCACACAAAUUUCAUGUACAUUUAAAAUUUGGCCCACAUAUUAUGAAAUUAAACAUUCUUUUUUCUUCCUUGAAUUGUUUGAAUCCGAACUGCUUUCCUAAAAAGACCCAGGAAUCCUCCUAGGUGCUGUAACAACAGCACAGAUUAUAACAAGCUGAGGUGUCACAUGAAAAUUUAUUGCACCCAGCUCUAAAAACUAAGACACAGAAGUCGCAUACUGAAGGACUGAACAGAAAAGGGAGUGGAAGGGUCUUCCUGCUGGACAGGGUACAAACACAACCUUUCCUUCCUCACCCUUCAGGUAGUGAAAAUGUAAACCCCGGGAAACUACUAAGCUUUGCUCAAGAUAUGAAAGCCUGAAAUUAACUGUGAAUCAUACAACACUAUGAACUAACUGUCAGAUGGGUUUAUUUUCUUAUGAUAUGCUUCUGUAGAAGGUUUUAGUUUCUUACUUCUUAAUUAAAUGCAUUAAUCUACCUUA